UAAUCAAAUGGCACUUUGUGCAGCAAUUUUUGACAAAAAGGACAUUCUUGUAUUUAUUAAAAUAAAAGAAAAAGGAAUUAAUUCAGAAACGUCAACAGAAAUAUCACACUUUCUUUACAAUUCUUUUGAUAUAAUUUUGGACAAAAUUAAUUAUCCUGGUGCUAAAGCUACACAAGAUUUGUAUAUUGGGUCGUUGUUGAUUAAUUCUUCGUUCAGGUCUUUUGGUUACCUAACAAACACAAACACAAAAUUCCUGCUUGUAACAGACGUCGAAAACAAUUUAUUAAAAGACCACGAAAUUAGAUUAUUUUUUAAAAAAUUACAUUCAAAAUAUUUUUGUGCUAUAGCCAAUCCAUUUUACGUGUUUGGAAAUUUAAUAAAAUCAAAGCAUAUAGACAAUGUUGUGCAGGAAUUUAUUGAUUGUUUUUAG